GUCUCCUUGAUUUCUCCUUUUCUUUUCUGAUCGGCGUUCACAGUUGUUGCUUGAAGGUGCAGCUCUUUUGUUGCCUCAAGUCAUCUAACGAGUGAUUGCAUGCAUUGUUCUUUGUCUUCAUUCCUGUUGUCCCUAUUGCUCUUCCAAUGUGAAAGACCAGUUUUUGUUUCUUGGAUUUCUUUGAUUGAACUUCUGAGAGAAAGAGCGGAUCUGUUCAAUUUCGGCUUUUUGGUGUAUAUGCGUGAGAGAAGAUUUCACUUGUGAAUGAUGAGUUCGGGUUUAUCCCAGAAUUCUCGUUUGCCACGGCCCAGCCGGUAGCCCAGAAGCCUGGACCCAGCAAACAGUGUGUAUUCUUCAGUAACUGUGACCCUUCUCUCCAAAAAAACGCACUCCAGCUUUUUUUCACCUAUUAUGGUGACAACGUUUACCGUUUGGCGACCUCUGUAAUGUACCAUGGUGUCCCCUGCGUUUUGCCCCAACAAGCGUCGAGCAGCCGAAAGUGCCGGAACUCAGCGACCUGAGAAAUUGCGGUGUUGUCUGCUGUUUGUUGGCUCAAGGUGAUCAUACAUUCUUACAGAUACGUAGUCAAGGAUCAAGUGGUUGCUGUGGUUACAUGAUCUGUCUCUUCUCGUACUGAUUGUCUGCGCUGCGCUAAGCAUCUCACGCCACCGUUGCCACGCACAGUUGCUGCGUCGUUUCUGUGAUUACAGUUUUCCUUCUCCAUCUGAGAGCGUUUCUGUUGUCUGUUGUCCACUAGAAUAAAACCCCCUGUUGUGUGAAUCACGAGACUGUUGACAAAAUGAUGGCCGCAAACCCCUCAUCAGCAAAAAAGGGCCCUGUGGUCUGUCGCAUGCGGCCACUCCAGGACUGCCUUGCAAAGAAUGAUGGCGACAUUCGUCAGUGCAUUGAGGAGGUUAAGUUAUUCGAAACGACGUGCAGCAAGAAAAUCGAAUAUGUCCAUGAUAGAGAAGGCCUUGACGACAACCGGUCGGGACUUUUCAGUGGCAAGAAAGGAGCAUAG